AUGAAGGUCGCCGUGUGGUGCAUCCUGCUCUGGGCGGGCUCAACUCUCGCGGCGAAGAGCCAUAGGGAGGAAUUCAAGGCCCAGGCUGAUGCCAGCAGGCCCAGGCCAUCAUCAUCGACGUUUCGAAUUCUGGCGGAUACCGAACCAGAUUACACAUGCACCAAAGACAAGAAGUGUGAAUUGGGAUGCUGUGGUCCCUUAGACGACGAAGGCAACGGAGUGUGUGGCCUAGGCCCCAAGUUCUGUGGUGAUGGAUGCACAUCAACUUGCCACUACAAGAGCGAGUGCGAUCCCGGCUGGGGAAUGCAGUGGUCUAACUCCUCAACAUGCCCUCUCAAUGUCUGCUGCAGCGAGUAUGGGUUCUGCGGCACUGCCCCUUCUUUCUGCAAUGGCGAAGUCGUGUCGGCUCCUCAGUGUGAUCCCGGCCGGAACAGCUCCAACGGGCGAACCAUUGGCUACUACGAGGGCUGGAACUGGCAGCGGCCUUGCGGCACCAUGACACCAAGCAAAAUUCCGCUGGGGUACUACAGCCAUAUCUUCUUUUCGUUCUCGCUGAUCAACCCCACCACCUUCCGGUUGGAACCUAUGGACCAAAAGACGGGCACUCUGUACCCUGACGUCUCUGACCUGAAGGCCCGCCAGCCGGGGCUGGAGGUAUGGAUCGCUGUCGGUGGUUGGGCAAUGAACGAUCCGGGCCCGUACAGGACGACCUUUUCGGAUCUGGCAAAAUCCGAAUCGGCUCAGGACGAGUUCUUUGAGUCUUUGGUGACGUUCAUGAUGAAGUACAACUACGACGGUGUCGAUAUCGACUGGGAGUAUCCGGUAGCUGACGACCGCGGCGGCAUUGAGGAAGACUUUGAGAACUUUGUCACAUUCCUCAAACGGCUGCGCCAGCGCCUUGCUCAAAUCGGUACACCCAAGGGUGUUUCGAUUACUCUCCCAGCGUCCUAUUGGUAUUUGCGCGGGUUCGACAUUGUCGGUCUGGAGCCGUACGUCGACUUUUACAACGUGAUGACAUAUGACAUCCAUGGUGUCUGGGACUCGUCCGUGCAGUCACUGGGCCCUUAUGCCCGUGCACACACCAACCUCACGGAGAUCGAGGAGGCGUUGAAGCUGCUAUGGCGCAACAACAUCAACCCAGAGCGCGUCAACCUGGGUUUAGGGUUCUACGGGCGCAGUUUUACCAUGAAAGAUCCGGGGUGCAUGGACGCCGGGUGCGAGUUCAGCGAGGGCGGCAGCGGCGGAGAGUGCACCGGCACGCCGGGGGUGCUGUCGGCGCACGAGAUCACCGAGAUCAUCAAGAAUGGCGCCACGGUCAAGCUGGACAGUGCCGCGGCAGCCGAGAUUGUUACUUGGGAUAAUGAUCAAUGGGUAUCCUGGGAUAGCACUGAGACGUUGGCCAUGAAGGUCAAGUAUGCCAAUGAGCGGUGUCUAGGGGGAGUUAUGGCGUGGGCGAUUGAUUUGGAUGAUGGCACGUUGAUCAAGUCGUUGGCGGACACGGGGCGCCAGACGUUCAAUUAUGUGUCGAACUUGCCUUGGAUGACGGGCUGCUUUGGAUCGGAGCUGCCAGAGUGGUCGUUCUUGAACGAUACCGAGACGGAUUCCUAG